AAUCAAAGAUGAAUGAUGAGUUAGAAAAGACAGCAAACUUUUUCUUUCCUGUUGAUAAUUAAAGCAGAAAAUAGAAAUUCAUUCAUACUAGAAGAUAAUUAAAACAUCCAAUUUAAAACAAUGUUUCUAAUCCUUCAACUUAGAUGUAAUAUUAAAUAAAUAAUUAUUUAAAGAACUACAUCCAAGAGAAGUUCUGAUAAUUCUGGUGUUGAAGGAUAACAUACUCCUCCUUAAAUUUAUGGAAUUAGAAAAAGAUCAGAAUUAUAUACUAAUUCUGAGGAUAGAAAACCUAACAAUUUUAGAAUAUUAAGUUCUAAUUCUAAUCAACGUUCUAGUUAUGCAUAAUAAUUUAGUUUUGGAAAUCAAUUUAAAUUAAUUAAUGAAUUCUUAUAGAAUAAUGAUAAUAAUUAAAGUCCACCUUUCAAAUAGUUAAAAAAGUUACCAGAAAUAUUCUCUUAAAGAAACUCAAGUUAAGGAUUUAGAUAAGGAUCAAGAAUCUUAAGUGGAUAAAAUAAAAGAGAAACAAUGAGUAAUUUUAUAAAAGAUAAUGAAUGUUCAAAAGAAUAAUUUAUGUAAUAGUUUCAAUUAAAAUAAACAAUUAAUAAAUAAUAAUAAUAAUUAAGAGUAACUUAAAACAAAUUACCAAAUAUUGGUUAACCUGUAUCCUUUUUAUAGACUAAACAAUAAUUGAAAAUGAUAAAUAAAAUAUUUUCAGGCAAAAGGGAUCAAUGA